AUGGUUAGGCUAAACGUACUUGCAGACGCCUUAAAGUCAAUAUGCAACGCUGAGAGAAGAAAGAAGCGUCAGGUCCUUAUUCGGCCAUCAUCAAAAGUUAUUAUCCGAUUUCUACGAGUGAUGCAACGAAAGGGUUAUAUAGGAGAAUUUGAAAUUGUUGAUGACCAUCGUUCUGGAAAGAUUGUAGUACAGCUAAAUGGACGUCUAAAUAAAUGUGGUGUAAUCAGCCCGAGGUUUGACAUAGGUGUGCGGGAAACUGAGAAGUGGACCAGAAACCUAUUACCCUCUCGUCAGUUUGGGUAUGAUGUAACAUGUGGUGGGAUUAUGGAUCAUGAGGAAGCCCAUCGGAAGCACCUGGGUGGUAAACUGCUUGGAUUUUUCUUCUAAAUAAAAACUGUGUAACGGAUACAGUGUUUUUAGAGUUCUAAAGCGCCAUAUUUUAGGACUUAAGACUGCGUUCACUGUCGUAAAUACAUAUUUAUGGUAGAGGAAAGUGCUGAUCAGCCAUCGACUGCUGACUUCUAUCGGGAUAUUAUUUAAAAUAUGCAUUUAUCAUAUUCUUGAAGCAUACAGUGCAAGUUCAACUUGGUUAACUGUACUGCAUGACAUUUUGUAUUCAUUCGAGACAUGAAAUUAACUUGAUCACCAGCAGAAAUUAUUAAAACGGAAUAUGAAAAGACUAAUGUGUUUGAUCAACUGGAACUUCAUCUCACUGAAGCUUUGUAUCUACUCACCGUUAAUAAGCUUGAAAGUUUAAUGUUUUCUUUCAAGCGUAGUCAUUACAAUCUAAUUCUUUUGGAACAUCAAUUGGUAAAAAUAGGUUUUGAACGUUUUCUCGAUAUAAGAAGUUAUUAUAAGUGGUAAUUUGUCAACAUGAAUGCACAUAUAUUGAAAGUUGUCAGUGUUCUACAAUAUUUCUCUGGUUCCUACCUACACGACAGUAUCAAUCACUACUUCAUACUGUGUUGGGUUUCGCCAUAUGUACUACUUCAGAGUGCACUGAACUAAGUUGAAAAAAUAUCACAAUCCUAACUCUUAUCGUUUCUUAACGUCCCUGGUGAUCAGGUUGUCCACGGUGUUAAUCCCUGAAAUGUAAUUGUGAUAUGGGAAUUGUACGGUUAGGGCCAUUCCGAAUUUAGGAUCUGUGUCCAACUAUAUGUGGCCCUGGACGUAUUUUCUAUUAUAAUCCUUAUCUAUGCUGGUCCUCAACAGUUGACUUUGCUCAUGAGGUAAGGUGGUGUAUGUGUUUCUUGGAGCGACUCUCCGGGUCCAGAUACAGUUUGAUUCUACCGACAAUCCGGCAGAAGCGCGUGGCAGGUGCAUGACACAAAGAUAUCCCUUGGACUAACGUCGCAGCAAUCUUUGACGGAAGUAUUUUUCAACCAUAGCCAUUUCUGUCUGUGUUGUAAUACCUUGUGUGUUUUCUGAAAGCUAAGUUAUAAUUUCAUAUGUUCGUCCAGAGAUCAAUCUUGUUUCUUACGGUAGAGCGAGGGCGUGUCAAAGUGGGUAAUGUGUGAUUGAUACACAAGAGCCUUCUUCAUUAAUUGAUAGCAAUUUGUGAAACGAAUGCAAAUCCACUUCGUAGAAAAGAACUUGGUGGUUACGUUUGCAUUAUAUAACUCUUGGGAACCAGAAAGUUAACAAAACUGUUCUAAAAUCAGCAUGUUGUACUAGUGUUUGAACUGUUAAGAGACACCGAUAACCAACCACUUUAGAUGUGGACGGUUUGUGUCAACAACUUUCAUAAUCAUGAGUUCAUCUUAUUGUAGACGGUAUUGUAGCAUAUACUGUUGAAUUUCAGUUAAAAGCAUUGCUCUGGAUAUAAGUAAAUCAAUCAUUGAUUAGGUAUUGGGGUUACUUUAUCGAUCACGCCGUGCCGCUCAAACUCCAGCUUCACCGUUACUGGUCCUAAGAAUAAGUGAUAGCCAGAACAUUUGCUAAAACCUAGUCGACUGAAUUAUCAGGAAUUUAUAUCCUACCAGGAGGCGCGCUUAUCGACUUAGAAUGCGUAGAUAACAUAGUCCUUACAAUUGAUUGAUCACUGGGUGGU